AACUGAUGACCACACCAGUUCUUCAGGUCCAGGAGACCCUGUCCCCACAAGCUGAAGAGGCCAGCACAGCACUCAUUGCAGUCGUUAUCACCGUGGUGUUCCUCACCCUGCUCUCUGUGGUGACCUUGAUCUUCUUUUACCUGUACAAGAACAAAGGCAGCUACGUCACCUAUGAGCCUGCAGAAGGCGAGCCCAGCACCAUCCUCCAGAUGGAGAGUGACUCAGCCAAGGGCAGAGAGAAGGAAGAGUACUUCAUCUAAUGAUCCCCAGACUGGAGGGGCCAAUUCUUGGCUCCAGUGCUAACAUAUUGACUCUGUAAUUAGGGAACGUUUGCUCUGAAGCCAGUGAGUGGCAUUGAGUGAGAUGGCAAAUCCACUCACAUCCCAGGACACAGUCCCCAAAUACCAGCAUCAGCGACUCCAGGGUCCAGGGACACAGAGAAAGCCGCUUAUGACACCUAUAGCCGGGCCUUGGUAAGGACAGUGCUCACACCUGGCCAACAACAUGGGGCCGUGCCUGAGUUGGAAGUGGGAGAUGGUGGAGGGGAGGUCACAGGCUGGUCCACUUUGUCCCCUCCCUAGUUGCAUAGUGAUAGCCCCAGUGUAGCUUCUUAGAGGCUAGAUACCACAGGAGGGGAUCAGGCCAGGGGGGAUAGGCUUCUCAAUGUUACCUCUUUUGAUCUGAGUCCUACUAUCCCCCCCCCCAACAGCCUCCAAUUUACUGUUUUUUAUCCAGAUUAAAUUUAUGAAAGUCAGAUUUUCAUUUACAAGAACUAAAUUUUGGCUUGUUUUUGCUUAAAGUUUUUACAGCAUUAUCUCUGCUUAUGUAACUCUAUGUGUUGUCUCUCCGUAAGAACUCUUGAGGGAUGUACUCAAGUUCCCAGAACUGUCUCAGGGGUUUGUCCCAGAUUAGCAUCAACUGUCCUAUCAGAAACACAUGAGGACUAAGUGGAUUUGACCUUAAUCUUCGCAAGGGCUGCGAUUUCUCAGAUCCCUGUGUAUAUACAGAGGGAGCCAGGAAAAACCUGGCCACCUAAAUUUCCCACCAAUAAGGCUUUCUUCUUUCUUUCUCAAGACAGGGUUUCUGUGUACCCUGGCUGUCCUGGAACUCACUCUGUAGACCAGGCUGGCCUCAAACUCUGAGAUCCACCUGCCUCUGCCUCCCAAGUGCUGAGAUUAAUGGUGUGCUCCACCACUGCCUGACCAGGCUCUUUUCAACCCAAGCCCUUGGAUACUCUGGAAUUAAGCUAGCCUUCAUUCUGAGGUAUUAAACUCUUACCCGAUAUUAGCAGUGUAAAUUUCCAGAAGCUUUGGUUGGUUGGCUUUUGCUUUGUGGGUUUGUUUGAGACAUGGUCUUACUAGUUAUCCCAGGUAGACAUCUUUCCUCAGUCUCUAGAGUAAGGGAUUGGCCAGCCUGUUUUCAGUAUUUCUCCACAUAGAACUUUGUGUACAGAUUGCUAAGAUCUUUUCCUUGAUGAAAACCUUAGAGGAAAUGAGAACUCACUGCCUAGACUAGAGUGGCUUUAAGCUCACAGGGUUCACAUGGCUCUGCCUUCCCACUUCUGGGAUUAAAGUUGAGCGCCAA